GACACUCUUGUUUUACCCCUCUCUUUUCCUUCUUCUUCCAAAAUCUCUACAAUUUUAGGGUUGUAUAAAACCAGAGAAACUAAAAAACGCAGUCGAAAGAAGUGAAAAACCUCCAUCUGCAAUCAUGGGUCGUAUGCACUCUUCAGGUAAGGGUAUUUCCUCUUCUGCUUUGCCUUACAAGAGAACUCCUCCAACCUGGCUCAAGAUCUCUUCUCCUGAUGUUGAGGAUAACAUCUGCAAGUUUGCAAAGAAGGGUUUAACCCCAUCUCAGAUUGGUGUUAUUCUUCGUGAUUCACAUGGUAUUGCUCAAGUUAAGAGUGUCACUGGUAGCAAGAUCUUGCGUAUCCUUAAGGCUCAUGGGCUUGCACCUGAAAUCCCUGAGGAUUUGUACCAUCUUAUCAAAAAGGCUGUUGCUAUCAGAAAGCAUUUGGAGAGGAACAGGAAGGAUAAGGACUCCAAGUUUAGGUUGAUUUUGGUUGAGAGUAGGAUUCACCGUCUUGCUCGUUAUUACAAGAGGACCAAGAAGCUUCCUCCAGUCUGGAAAUAUGAAUCUACCACUGCCAGUACUCUCGUGGCUUAGGUUUGGUUUCCAUCUUGGGAAGUAGGUUUUGUUAUUGGAGGUAGAAGAAGACACGCCCUUGCUCUUCACAUGGAAAGGACUUUUUGUUAGCUUAUAUUCCCCUGUUUUGGUUUAUAAAUCAAGCACUUUUAAAAGAAUGGAAUGGUUUUUUGUUUCUUCUAAAUUAUUAUUAAGUGGCAAGUGCAAGGAUGAUUUUUGUUGUUCAAGUGUGAGUUAGAAUGGAAAUAGUUUACAGUUCUAUGUUGCUCACAUUUUCUCGCAUUAGUAAAUUUAAGGCGGACGGUUAUAUUUU